GGAUGAUGAACUGGCGUAGCAGCUGGAGUCUUGUGAAGACCAUGGCAGAGGCGACCUGCCACGUGUCUCUUUUCGAAAUUUUGUUUCACUACACUCCAAACAACACGCACCCCAUCACCCCUCUCUCUGGAAUCUCCUGCAGAAAUAUAAUAUUCACUCCAUUUUUUUCUCUCUGGGUAUUUGUUCUUUCUUUGUAUUUAUCGACGAAAUUUGUUAUUAAGCUUUCUCUUCUUCAUCCAUCGCUCUUUCACCCUUUUGAAAUCACCCUUGGGAGGGAAAAUGUGUUUUUUUCUGGGCUAAAAGAGAUCAGAGAUUAAAAGAAAAAAGAAACUAUUAUGGAGAUGGAGUGGAAUUGUGAAAGUCUGGUGAUGCUAAGGUCAAAACCAGGCGAAGUUCCAAAGAAUCUGCUGCAAUGGGGAGAUGCUGAGUCUUUCAAUGGUGUCUAUGUAGAUUCAACUCUCAAGGGCAAGAAAAUGAUGCAUUGCAGUGAGGGAGAGGAAGGGGAGAAGGAGAAAUAUGUCAAUUCUCAUCCGACUAUCGAUACCACAGUUGGACCUGUAGAGCCAUUGAUGGGGCUGAGGCUUGGGAAGAGAACAUAUUUUGAAAACAACAACAGUUCCCACCAUAGCACAUCAUCUUCCCAUGCCAUCCCUGGCUUAUCAAAGAGGGCAAAACCGUCUUCUUCCCGGGCUGGACAAGUGCACCGGUGCCAGGUUGACGGCUGCAAUCUGGAUCUUUCUUCUGCUAAGAGCUAUCACCAGAAGCACAGAGUUUGCGACAACCAUUCAAAAUCCCCUUGUGUCCUUGUGAACGGAUUACAACUCCGGUUCUGUCAACAGUGCAGCCGGUUCCAUAGCCUGUCAGAGUUUGAUGAAAUGAAGCGCAGUUGUCGCCGGAGACUUUCCAAUCACAAUGCCAGGCGGCGUAAUCCACGUCAGCAGAGUGAUCCCACUCCAUCCCUUUAUGAUGACGGGCAACAGAUGAGUUUUGUGCAGAACAAAGGCCAACUCGUCCCCUCUAAAACCGCUAGCUGGGAAUCCCAGAGCUCUAAGCAAACUCUUGGCGACGAAUUGACUUCUGAGCUAGAAAAAAGCAACCUGAUCAGGCAACAACUGUACCUGCCAAAUGGUAGCGCAAACUCUGCUGAGGUCUUCAAUCUAGGUGCCAAGGGAUCAUCAUCCCUGUUGCCUUCACACAUACCAGCUGAGUUUUGUGCUCUCUCUCUUCUGUCAUCUACUUACACGGGAGGGGUCACAUUCGACCCCAAAUUCAUCUCAAACAGCAGCAACAAUGACAACAUUGUGUGCGCAAACCAGAGUGGCUUUCCUGAGACAAUGCUGCAUGACAACAAUAUCCCACACCAGCUCAUUCCCUUCGCCUCAACGGAGUACUGGCAAUGGCAACAGGCUGCACCCAAUCUCCAUGCCCACCAUCAUCACCACCACCAUCAUCAUGCCUUUGUUGUCCCCAACGCCGAUCUCUUUCCAGAUAUCCAGUGGUUCAAAGCUCCGUGUGACCCCGCUGACUUUUACCUCAGUGCUUUCAAAUGACAGCCCAAAGCCCUCCUUGCUUACUUUCGUUCGUGUUUUUGUAUUCGCGCGUUGAACUAAACUUAUGUUUGCCGAGUAUCGCCUGUUUCCCUUUGCUGUUUGCCGAUACUAAAAUCCUAGACAUUGAGUUUCUAAACUUACAAAUUGUAGCUUGAAGUUCUCAAAUGAAUGGCUAUUGUCAAU